CAAACCAGUCGAGAGACCUUGCUAGUGAUUCACUUCUUUCGCCCUGUUAAAAGUAAAUCGUAAGGGAAUCAUCUCAAUCACUUUCUGAAUUGACGCCCACCAAGUUCAUAUCGAAGCGUUAUUCUUGGUCGUUCUGUUGUGUUGUAUAUAAGACUCUUACAGAGAAUUACGAAAACACUAUUUGAAAUCGGAAAUCUGACGAGUCUUGAUAUUGAAUGAUACAGAUAGCAUGGGUGCCUUCAAUCAGCGAUGACGACCGAUCAUGAAGAUGGGGAUAUCAACCCUUUCCUCCCUACCGUCCACCCCCUGAAGAUAUUUGACGCGGCAAAAUCUCAAGGCCGAUUCUUGUAUGCUUGUGCCCCGAUGGUGAGAUACAGCAAGCUCGCGUUCCGCCAAACGGUCUAUCACUAUGGCACCGAUCUCUGCUGGACGCCCAUGGUUCUAGCCAAGGAGUUCAACCGCAACCAGGUCGCGAGAGACAGCGACCUAACCAUCUCCAGCUCCGGACCCCAACCGCAUACAAUCGUCCAAUUCGGGUCCAACUCGCCCACAGAACUCUCUCACGCCUCAUCCCUGGCAGCCCCCUGGGUAAGCGGCGUAGACCUCAAUUGCGGCUGUCCCCAAUCGUGGGCGUGCGCCGAAACCCUCGGCGCGGCCCUCAUGGAAAAACGUGAGCUAGUCCGCGACAUGGUCGUCGAAACUCGCUCGCGCCUCGAGGCCGACGGCUGGGAUGUGGGUAAGGAGAAGCACGUCGAUAGCCUCAAAGGCAGAAGUGUCAGCGUUAAGAUUCGCGUGCAUAAAGACCUAAGAAAAACCAUGGACUUUAUCACUACGGUUAUCGGGAACCCGCACAACCGGAAUGUGGACUGGCUGACCAUACACCCGCGCACGCGGAGCACACCGUCGACGUCACCUAUCAAUCUGGAGGCGCUAUCCAUCUUGACGGAGAAGUUUGGGCCGCAGUUGCCGAUUCUGGUGUCAGGCGAUGUGUUCACGCUUGCAACGUUGCCGUAUACUUCACAUCUGCUCGACUCCCUGCCCAUCUUUACGUCAAAGGCCGCAGAUACUACGCCUAGCACAAAGCCGUAUAUACCAAAAUUAGCUGGCUUGAUGUCGGCGCGUGCACUUCUAGCCAAUCCGGCGCUGUUUGCAGGCCAUGAGACGUGCCCCUGGGAGGCCGUGGAUGUUUUUCUGAACAAAGUUGCGCGUGCCCCACUGCCGUUGAAGCUGGCAGUGCACCAUAUUAACGAGAUGUGCGGCCCGGGCUAUGGUCCCGAUAAGAGGGCGUUGCUGAGUAAGAAGGAGCGGAUGAAGCUCAAUGAAUGUGGGAGUUGGAUUGAUGUUCUGGAUUAUUUGGACGAGGUGAGGAAAGAGAAAGAUGGGGGUGGGAAUGGAAUGAGAAGGUAUGCUUAAGAGGUGUGGCGGAUAACACCAGUGAUUUUCAUAGAGCAGGAAUAUAUACCCUUGAGAGAUCAUAAGACGC